CCUCGGGGCGAGGUCAGGGUCGGGGCGUCCAGACCGCGCCCCGCGGACAGAGCGCGAAGGCUGCGCGCAGCCUCCCGCCCCCGCGUCGCGAGGUCACGGUGACCCGGUGACCGAGAUCGGCAGAAUCUGCAAACAGCGGGCAGGGUCGACGAGCCCGGUCCGGGUUCCGGCGAGCAGCUCCCCGCGGCGCCCGGAAGGUUAAGCUGAAACGGCUGCUCAGCUUCCAAGAUGUUGCUCCCCAAAAUGCAUGUGCUUUUCUGCUUCUGCAGCUGCCUGGCGCUGGCUCAGCCUUUUGACUGGCAAGACCCUAAUCCCGUUGCCCAUAUGAAAUCAUCAGCAUGGGUCAGUAAGAUCCAAGCGCUGAUGGCUGCUGCAGGCUUUGGCCAAACGAAAAUCCCCAGAGGAAAUGGAUUGUACUCCGUCGGUUGUACCGACCUGAUGUUUGAUUACACUCAGAAGGGCACCUUCCUGCGUUUGUAUUAUCCGUCCCAAGAUGGUGACCCUUCUGACACCCUCUGGAUCCCAGACAAAGAGUAUUUUUGGGGUCUUAGUAAAUUUCUCGGAACACACUGGCUUCUAGGCAAAAUUCUAAGCUUAUUUUUUGGUUCAAUGACAACUCCUGCAGCCUGGAAUUCCCCUCUGAGGACUGGUGAAAAAUACCCACUCAUCAUUUUUUCUCAUGGUCUUGGAGCAUUCAGGACAAUUUAUUCUGCGAUUGGCACUGACCUGGCAUCUUACGGGUUUAUAGUUGCUGCUGUAGAACACAGAGAUGGAUCUGCAUCUGCGACUUACUUUUUCAAGGACCAAUCUGCUGCAGAAAUAAGGAACAAGACUUGGCUCUAUCUGAGAACCCUCGGAAAAGGGGAGGAGGAGUUUCCGCUACGCAAUGAGCAGGUACGGCAAAGAGCAGAAGAGUGUUCUCAAGCUCUCAAUAUGAUUCUGGACAUGGAUCGUGGGAAGCCAGUGAAGAAUGUAUUAGAUCUAGAGUUUGAUGUGGAACAGCUGGAGGACUCUAUCGAUAGGGAUAAAAUAGCAGUGAUGGGACAUUCUUUUGGUGGAGCCACAGUUCUUCAGACCCUGAGUGAAGACCAGAGAUUCAGGUGCGGUAUUGCCCUGGAUGCAUGGAUGUUUCCAGUAGGCGAUGAGGUCUAUGACCGAAUUCCUCAGCCCCUCUUUUUUAUCAACUCGGAACAUUUCCAAUAUCCUUCUAACAUCCUCAGAAUGAAAAAAUGCUACUCACCGGGGAGAGAAAGAAAAAUGAUUACAAUCAGGGGUUCAGUUCAUCAGAAUUUUGUUGACUUCACUUUUGCAACCGGCAAAAUAAUGGGCUGCCUAUUCACACUGAAAGGAGAAAUAGAUUCAAAUGUAGCCCUUGGCCUUAGCAACAGAGCUUCCUUAGCAUUCUUACAAAAGUAUUUAGGACUUCAGAAAGAUUUCGAUCAAUGGGAUGCUUUAAUCGAAGGGAAAGAUGACAAUCUUAUUCCAGGGACCAACAUUAACACCACCGACCACCAUGCCACCCUGCAGAACUCUACAUGAAGAGAGAAACAGAAUUUAGAUUAAAAGAGCUUUUUAAAAAUCUUGUUGAAAAACUGUCUAAAAGUGUGUGUGUGAUUUUAAUGCAUUGUCUCAAAUAACUCAUAUUUUAAAAUGUAGGCUGUGCCACAGUAGUGAUUGAAGCUUGGAUUACAAUUUUUUCCUUUAAAUGUAAAGACUGCUACAUAUAAAAUUUAUACCAGCCCUGAUUUCAAUUUAAUUUUAAUUUUACUAAAAUGAUCCUCUUUUUCCAGUGUCAAAAUCAACUGAUUUUACCUGACUUUGAUGGACCGGUAUAUUAAAAUACAGGCACAAUGCCACUGAAAAUGUUAACAAUGACUCCCGAAAAAUAGAAUUAAAAACAGAUUUUCUUAUCUCCUUUUACUAUUACAAGAAGUAGAUGGGUUUAGUACCAUGAUCUUCUAGAUAGGAUUUAGCAGCAAUUCCCUUUGACCUUUAUCAUGGCCAGAAAAAUCAGAUGAAGAGGAAAAUAAAGGCAUUACUUUACUGUGGGAUUAAUGCUACCGCACAGUUUCAGUAUGAUGAAUAAAUGGGGAGUGAGAAUAUUGGUGACAAGGCAAAGGCAGCAGAUUAAAGCAAGUUGGAUUAAAGCAAGUUGGAGAGUUCCCAUUGUGGCGCAGUGGUUAACAACUCCGACUAGGAACCAUGAGGUUGCGGGUUUGAUCCCUGGCCUCACUCAGUGGGUUAAGGAUCUGGCGUUGCCAUGAGCUGUGGUGUAGGUUGCAGACGUGGCUCGGAUCCUGGUGUAGGCUGGAUGCUACAUCUCUGAUUCGACCCCUAGCCUGGGAACUUCCUUAUGCCACAGGAUCAGCCCUAGAAAAGGCAAAAAAAAAAAAAAAAAGGCAAGUUGGUCAUUUGCAUUUACCUUAAUGGCUUAUCUUUUUUUUUUCUUUUUAUGGCUGCACCUGCAGCAUAUGUUAAGUUCCUGGGCUAGGGGUCUAAUCAGAGCUACAGCUGCUGGCCAAGGCCACAGCCGGAGCCACAGCCACACCAGACUGAAGCCACAUCUGUGACCUAUACCAAAGCUUGUGGCAAAGCUGGAUCCUUAACCUACUGAGGCCAGGGAUCAAACCCGUAUCCCCACGGACACUAAGUCGGGUUCUUAACUCGCUAAGCCACAAUGAGAACUCUGUCAUGGUUUAUUUUUGAUGCACUCUAUUUAUUAAAGAAAGGUGCACAAGGAGUGCCUGUCAUGGUUGAGGGGUUGACAAACCUGACUGGCAUGCACCAGGAUGAGGGUUCAAUCCCUGGCCUCGGAUCCAGCAUUGUAAUGAACUGUAGUGUAGGUCUCAGACACAGCUCAGAUCCUGUGUUGCUGUGGCCCUGAUGUAGGCCAGUGGCUACAGCUCCGAUUAGACCCCUUGCCUAGAAACCUCCAUAGGCCGCGAAUGCAGCCUUAGAAAGACAAAAAGACCAAAAAAAAAAAAAAAGUGCAUAAGACAGGCCCAUGACUUUAGCUGUCACAUUAAAUUAUUCACCCAAAAGCUGCUGAGGAUAAGAAAGGAAACAUUUAGACAUUAUUUUGACUGCUUCAGUUUCCAUUAAUUUUAUUUAAUGAAUGUUUUCAAUUUUGUGUAUAAUGGAAGUGGAAGAGCACAAUAAAUGGAAGUAAAAAAUUGGCUUAAAAAUUUGUGCGCUAGAUAUUAUCACAACGUUGUAAAUCAACUACAAUAAAACUUAAAAAUUUUUUUUUAAAGUUCUGUGAACUUAACACCAUCUGGGAGUCAUGGGAAAUGUGUUUUAUUUUCCAAGGGGCAUAACACUUUUGUCAUAAGUAUAUUUUGGUCUAAGUAUGGUCUUAUGAAUUCUUCAUAAUUAAGUGUAAUUAACGCCUGUGUGAACAAAUAAUAAUCAGUACUUAGUAAGCAAGCCUGGUUAACUAUAACCAUUCUAUCUUUAUCCCUUUUGCCCAAUUAACGAUGUUUUCUGAUUUGGCACUCAGGCCUAUCAAUGCUUUCAUGUGCAAAAUCACUCAUUUUGAGACAUUUGAUUCCUAUGAUAUUCAAAUUAGAAAUUUUUAAAUAGAGAGUUAAACUUUUUAACAAAAAACUAAAGGCUUUCCAGAGUUCCUGUUGCGGCUCAGUGGUAAUAAACCUGACUAGAAUCCA